CCGUAUAACUACCUAAAAUUUAGAUCAAAAGGUGAUACAUUUGAUAAUGACAAUGAUGAAGAUAAUUUGAAGAUAUAUUAUGAUGGAAUUAAUUAUAAUGAUCGAAUGUCAUUUUGUUUUAACGAAGUUUAUUAUCUCCUUCUCUUCAAAAAAAAUAAAUUAAAAAUAGUGGGAUGUAACUGUAUAAUUUUAUGACGGUUUUGUACAUUAGGACAUUUCAUUUAAACAAUUAUAUAUUAUUCCCGUCACAUAAAUCUUUUUCACCAAAUACUCUUUCAUUGAAGAUACUGAAUUUUUUCCUAAAAAUCUAAAUAGUACUCCAUUAGUUAAUAUCUAACGAUAUUGUUUAUUCACCUUUCAAUCAUGAUCACUGUAUCGAAUUCAAUAUUCUCGCUUCCCGUAUUUUCCAUAAAAAAUUAUUAUAAAAUUUAUAACCUUCGAUAUCUAUAGUAUCAACAGCUGUACAAGGUACGGAGAUUUACCAUCCACUCGUGAUCUUUCAGAUAUGACCAUUUUAUUCUAACUACACUUUUUAGAUAAUCUCAAAUACAAUCAUACCAUAUUAGUACCAUUUUUUUAAAGCGGAUUUAUGUCCGGAUCAUGAAAUUUCAACCCGUUAAAUAAAAAAUUACGAGACUUAAAUAUAAAUAUAUUACGAGACUUAAAUAUAAAAGUAUAUUAGUAUUUCAUUUUCGUUUCCGUUAACCAGGUUGGAAUCCCGUGAUCCGAUUCAUACUUUGUGUGAGUAUGUUUGUCUCUGACUUUGAAUGGAGUCAUAAUACUUGGUUUUUUCAUCCAUGCAGAUGAGGUUCCAUUGAGCCAAGUCUAGUUAUAUGACAAAAUAUGCAAACUAUCACAUUCAUACUUAUUUAAUUCAUUUGUUCUCUAAGGAGAACUUUUCUUGGGCUCCAGCUACUACUAGAUUGUGUCUUUUUACAUAUUCACCCCCACCAUCCAACAAAAAUCUUAAAAAUUCAGUAUAAAAUAAAAUCCCAAAAGAAUAAAGUACUAAGUGGGAUAUGAAGUUCUUUUGCUCUUUGAGUCUUGCAUUUAUAUAGCCAUCUUAUUUUCUUCUCUCCUCACAAUUUUACACAAAGGAGAAAGAGAAAACUCAUUGGUUUGACAAUGAAGUGAUCACCUUUCUUUUCUCUUUUUGUCCAUUGUUGUGAGGUGACAAAGAUUAAAAAAGAUGGUUCCUUUAGAACUAAACAAUGAUCAUUCUCAUCCCCAACAAGAAACUCAAGGCUUCUCUCUUGAAUCUCUUAUUUGUGAAGAGAAUCUAGAGGCAUUUGAGAGCUUUGAAGAAGAGGCUAAUGAAAAAGAGUGCAACUUUGAUCUUGUGGAGAAGGAUUUAUCUUGGGAAGAUGAGGAGUUUGUGUCUUUGUUUCAUAGAGAAAAACAAACUCAUGUUUUUCCUGAAGAAAUUGAUCAUUCAUUGGUUGUGGCUAGGAGAAGGGCUAUUGAGUGGAUGUUGAAAGUCAAAGCACAUUUUGGGUUUUCUUGUCUUACUAUACUUUUGGCCAUUAAUUACUUUGACAGGUUUCUAUGCAGUUUUCAAGUUGAGAAAAAUAAGCCAUGGAUGAAGCAUGUUGCUGCAGUGGCUUGUGUUUGUUUGGCUGCAAAAAUUGAGGAGACCCUGGUUCCUCCUCUUCCUGAUCUUCAGGUGAUUUCUGAUCAUAUGUUUAAGGCCAAAACGAUUCGACAAAUGGAGCUUCUUGUUUUGUCGACUCUCCAGUGGAGAAUGAAUACAGUGACCCCGUUUUCGUUUCUUGAUCCUAUAGUAAGAAGGCUUGGCUUAAAAAGUGAUCUGCAUUGUGUUAUUUUCAAGAAAUGUGAAGCUCUGUUUCUCUCUGCAGUAUCUGAUGGAAGAUUCGUACGUUAUCUACCAUCGGUUUUGGCCACUUCUGCAUUGCUUCACGUUAUUCGUCAAGUAGAGCCCUUAAAUGCGGUUAAUUAUCAAAAUCAGCUUUUUAAUGUUCUCAAAUCCUCCAAGGAGAACAUUAGCGGAUGUUAUGAACUCAUUGGGAACAUUUCAACCACUUGCUCGAUUGAUCAAAAGAAGUCUCGCAAGCGCAAUUCUGAAGAAAUGCAAGACACCAAAAAUGAGACCAUUGAUGUCUUCUAGUUUUUAAAGUUCAAACAACUUUCUCGAGUCAUCAAUUUUGUUUUUGCAUGUUAGCUGAACUUGUUUUUUUUUUUCUUUGUUUUUUUUACAAAUUUGGAUUUUGGGAUUUAUAUCUAUAAUGGAAUACAAUAUGUUUGGACUGUUUGCGAUCUUGAUUGAGGGUGAUUUGUAGUUAUA